AUGAACAGUUCGUUUUGGGAGAAUCUUUUUCUGACCAUAAACAGAUUUCUCGGUGUAUCUGCAAGUGGAAGAUCAGGAGUCCUUCGAUGGAUCCACUCUCUUUGGUGCAUCUUUUUGAUGAUUUACGUUUGGAUUGGAAGCAUUUACAAGUGCGUGGAUUUUAGAGGAGAGAUGCCCACCAUCGAAAAAGUGCUCUACCAAAUGGAAAUCCCGGGAAACAUGGCAUGUGUUGCCUUUCUGGUUUAUCAUGCUGUUGUAAAUCGUCCCUGUUACCAGAAUAUGGAGUUUCAGGUGCAACGUUUGAUCUCCGGACAUGAUGCCAAAGCUAUUCGGGAUAUUUACAAGAGACAAGGUCGGAGAACUCUCAGUAUAACGUCGAUUACCAUAGCUUUCCACAGUUUAUGUGCCUUAAUGGAUAUUUUAUACUAUAGCUUUGAUUUCUGGACCACUUUUAUAAGUAAUAGUGUCUAUAAUCUGCCAGCUUUAAUGCUGAGUCUUGGAAUUCUCCAAUACGCUCUUUCUGUGCACAAGCUUUAUCUUCUAUUGGACCAGAUGAGGAUUAAAUUGGAGGAGCUAAAGUUGCGUCAGAGACCAACUCAGGAAAUAACCAAAUUGGAUGCUCGAUAUGAGUCCGCUUUUGCUUUUUUAGUGGAUGCUGGAGGUGGUUCCAGUAAAUUGAUUGAAGAAAUGCGAUCAAAUUGCAACUUAAUCGAAAUGAUCCACAAGGAGUUGCUAUCCAAAUUUGGAAUUUUUUUGGUGUUAAAUUUUUUGAAUUCUUUGAUCAGUGUUUGUGUGGAGCUCUACUUAGUUUUUAACUUUUUCGACAAUCCUCAAUGGCAAGAGUCUAUAUUGCUAAUGUAUAGGUUGCUUUGGUUGGUCCAACAUGGAGGAAGAAUAUGGUUUAUUCUAGCAGUCAACGAACAGAUCUUGGAGCAGCAAUGUAACCUCUUUCAGUUGCUCAAUGAAUUGGAGGUGUGUAGUUCCCACCUGGAAAGCACCAUUAAUCGCUUUUUGUUGCAACUCCAGACGAGUUUAGGUCAACCCCUGGCAGCCUGUGGAAUCGUGACACUGGACACACUUUCACUGGGAGGGUUUAUCGGAGUUCUGAUGGCCAUUGUCAUAUUCCUCAUUCAAAUCGGUCUGGGCAAUAAAUCGCUAAUGGGUGUUGCCCUCAACAGAUCCAGUUGGGUUUACGUUUGA